UAGUUUACAGCCUGGCGGUGUGUCGGCUGGCAGGAGGGAGACAACUCUCACCACAAACCUGAGACGUGUAUGAAGAAACGAGCCAACAGAGUAGAGAGGAAGACACAGUGGAGAUACCUUAGUGUUCCCGCGUUGACCAGGUGUGAUACAAAACCUCUCCGACUAUAAAUGUAUACAUGGAAAGAUGCUCUAUAAGUAAUGGAUAAUAUAUUGGAGUUAUCAAGUUAAUGGUUGUUCACGUACGGGAAUAUGGACUUGAGAUUGAUGGCCUCCGAGUAACGUUCACCAAGAGGUAACACAUAAAUUAAAACACGUGAUGAUCGUGGACAAUACAUACUGAACUCGAGGGAGAAGCAAGUAACAUUUAUGUAAAGUUCAAGUUAUUAGUUAUUCGACGGGCCUUAAGCAUGAAGAUUAACCGUGUGUUUGUGUGGUUUAUAUUCAUAGUAGUGGUCUUUGCAAGUCGCUCUCAGGAACUCCCAACUACUGACUCUCCUACUGCUUCUCCUACUGUGGAAAACUCAGGGGAUGAGUCUCCCGCCUCCCCUGCUAUGGAGAACUCAGGGGAUGAGUCUCACGUCUCCCCUGCUGUGAAGAAUUCAGGGGAUGAGUCUACUGCCUCUCCUGCUGUGAAGGACUCUCGUGAUCAGCCGUCUGUCAAGCUUUGCGCCAACAGCCAUGAUGACACUGUUAUCCUUCCUUGGACUGUUGUGUCUACUACUCUUGUCUUAAUUCUCUCAACCUCAUUCUUGCACAUUGUCUUCAUCGCUAAGGGUGUUAAGUCUCUGUGGUGCAUGUGUUCCUCUGUUCCUGGGGAUGAAACGGAAAACCGGAUUUCGGUUUUUGGUUUAGAAAGUCGAAAGAACAGCACAAAGUCUGUCUUGAAGAACAGCAUCAAGCUCCGACGACGAAGGAGCAUGUCUGUCCCUUUCUUUAAUCGUCCUUCUUCUGAGAAACCCAAACGAAGUUCAUCCGUCUUGAGUGAUUUCCAGGAAGGGUUCCUUAAUCUCGACAGUGCUAUAAACCAAGGAAAGUACAGCAGGACGACUACAUGUUGCCCAGUGCAAAAUUCGGAGGAGGCGGAGAGAAAAAAUUAUCUUUCUUUGUCCAUAGGGCCAGAAAUAUUUUGUAACGAUGAUUCACAUUUCUCUUGUUCUUGUGGCCAAACAGAAAUUCAACAAUACGUUCCCGUCUUAACUGUGCCCACCAUCACUGUCGAAGCCCCUAAAGAGAGUAAUGUUGAUUGUUACGUGGAUUCAAGAUCAACUUCCACCUUCCCAGAGGAAGACCAAAUGUUCAGCUCAUGGUCACAGUUGAACGAUUAUGCAUCCUUAGCUGGUGCAUCAGAUGUAUGUAGAGACGCCCCUUCAUCUUCGGGGAUGGAGAGCACGGACGUUCAUACUGGUACAUAUGCUGCUUUGAGUAGCAAUUUUCAAGAGAGACCUUUACACACCAAAAAAACAGAAAAUCCCGUAGGAGAGAAUGUAGUUGACGAUGAAGGUCAUUUCACAGGUACCAGACACAAAUCUCCAGACGUGCCUUACUUCAGGACAGCGUCUCCAACUCCUCUGACAACUUUGAAGGACGAUGAGUCCGAUACAAUCAGGCGAUCACAAGCAACCCCCAGUCAGCGGAAGUUUCGUGAGAGCUUUUGUUACUUUACGCCUGACCCUGACUUGCUACCUUCUUUAGAGGUUAUUGACUCUCAACUUUUCGCUGUUCCCGAGUACCCUGAUGACUGCAUGGUGACCACAAAUAAAGAGUUUAAAUCUCCAAACACACCAACUGCCUUACAAGCACCAAAGUGUCGCACUGAUGUCGAACACAACAUAACAGACUUUUCAGGUAACGGAAACUGUCAUGAAUUCCUUGAUUUGUUUGAGUCAGAGCCUCAGGCACUGGAAGUAUGGGACAUCCCCACUUCUUCACGAAUGGCACAAGUAAUCCCGAUGAAUUCUAGACCCAUCUUCAUAGAAGACCAAGCUAUUCAAGGCCCCUUCUUAAUUGACACAAGGUCCCUACUGGCAAAAAGUUCGCAUCAAAACAACCCCUCCCGAAGAUUCAGUUCAUUUGAAGUGUUAGAGGCCUACCGUACCCCGGCUGUGAGAGAGCAACGUCGGAGCAUACAUGGAGGAGACAACUUUCUGAGUUUGAUGCGGAAGAGUACUGGCCCCGAAACGUCAGUGUGAUGGCAUAGUUUAUUCUUAUGUUUCCAUAAUUCUGCCAUAGAAUCAAUAUUUUGUACCUCAUGUUAGUUCAAGCCCGGUUGAAAGAGGAAAAUUAAACGAAGGCGAUCUUAGCAAAGUUGAGCCUGGGAUAAACGGACUCACUGUUGUCUCUAUAGUGAACACCUGUACCAUAUCAUUAGGCUCAGCAUCUAACAGGCUAUUGAGGUUUACCAGGAGGAGAGUGAGAGAGAGUACUGUAUCUACAAAUAUUAUAUAUAUCCUUAUAGUGUCCCAAAGCUUCAUCAAUUCUGGAUUAACCGUUAUUCAGGUUCAUCAUAACAUAAUUUACAUGAUCAUUAAUGUUCGGUAGAUUUUUGUAAUGUACCCCAUAUCUAGUACAGUAUGCACUUCUCCGUGGCCUGUUGUGUUGAUCAAAAUAAUUUGUAGUCUUCUAUUAGAAUUCAAAAUGUUCUUGCAACUUACAUAUCUUACCUCUGUCGGUCAACCCAACUACAGUGUCGGUACAUUGCCUCCCUACUGUAAUCGCACUACCGAUAAGGGGAUGUCAGGCCCUUAGGACGAAUUUCACUGUCAGGACAUGGAUGAUAGAUAUAGACUUUCUACAUAAAUGUGUGAAGUUCUGAGUUAGGGUCUGGGUGCUGCCAUCUACUGGGGGUGACGGAGGAAGCUUUGAUAAACAUUUUUUUCAUCUUGCUGUUAAAGAUUUUGUUUGAAAUUAAUACUGUUAAUAAAAAGAGCUUAAUAAAUUGAUGCUAUUUUUUU